GUACUACGCGUGCGUGGGGCGUGGCCUCACGGGCGGGAAAAAGAGAGAGAGCUGCAGGUGUGAGGGCGCGGCAGUGUGACGUCUGUGGCUCCACACCGCCGCACAUCGUUCUGUUAGGCUUUGUGGUGGAGUGGGUGCGGGUGUGGGUGUGGGUGUGGAUGCUCCUGCUCUCCCGUCUGUGGCGCAGGUCUUCAGGAGCCGAGUCCACAGUGUCAGGCCUCAGGCCUUCCUGUCUCCCACCGCCAGUUUGCCACGCGGUCCCCGUGACUGCCUAUGUGGGUAUUUUCUCAGAACGUUACGCCAGUGACCUAGGCGACCUAUUCCCCAUCAGAUCCAGGUUGACCUCGUCCCGACUAAGGACAGAGCAACUUCCAUUACUGCUGUGGCCCAGAUUUCUCAGGGAAAGAUAAAAUGAAUAAGAAGAAACAGCGGAACUCAGGUAUUUGGUUUAUUCAAAUUGGCUUUUUAUUUUAUUUUUAUUUUUAAUUUAUUUCCAGGCAGAGUUUAUGUAUAUCCCUGGCUGUCUGUCCUAGAACUAACUCUGUAGAUCAGGCCUCAAACUCAGAGACAAACCUGCCUCUGCUUCCAGAGUGCUGGGAUUAAAAGUAUGAUUCACCACAACCUGGCCUCAAAUCGGCUUUUAAAAUAUUUAUUUGAGGUACUAGGAAUGGAACAUGGAGCUUCCUGCAUGAUAAAACACUCUACCAUGAAACUACAUCUCAGACCCAAGGUGACCUUUUUAAACUUUUUAUGAUGUUUUUGAGAUGGAGGAGGGGAUUCUUGCCAUGUGGGCCGACUAGUUUUAUGUCAGUUUGACCCAAGUCAUUUGGGAAAAGGGACUCUCAAUUGGGAAAAUGCCUCCAAAAGAUUUGCCUGUAGCCAAGAGUGUAGUGUGUUUUCUUGAUUAAUGAUUGAUGUAGGUGGGUCCAGCUCGUGGGUGUGCUGCCUGGAGGCAGGUAGUCCUAAAUUACAUAAGAAAGCAGUUAGCUGUGAGCAAAAGCCCGUAAACAGCAUUCCUUCAUAUCCUUUGUGAGUUCCUGAGGUUCCUCUCCUGACUUUCUCUGGUGAUGGACUAUGAUAUAAAAGUGGGUCGGCCUCCAUCCCUCAAAGCCUUCUAAGAACCCACGGCUGAGAGACUCCCAGAGCUCCAUGAUGGUCCAUUCACACUACUCCAGAGAGUCGGAAGACAGCUCAGAACCUGCUCCUUCUGUAGAGCUAGGCGGGGAGGAACCACUACACGAAGCUUUCAGCUGCCCAGUGGAGGACACAGGAGCUGCCUCUGACCUCGCAGGAUCACCCAAAGAGCUGGUCCCCCUGCCUCCUUCCCAGAACUCAGUUGGGAAGUUUGUCCCUCAGUUUGCCAAACCAAGAAAGACAGUAACUAGAAAAGCCAAGGCAUGGGAAGAGGAUCUAGAGGGCUGCACCACAAGCCAGGAAACAAGGCCAGAGCUGGGAGCCCUCAAAGCAGCCAGCCAGCCACAGAGAGAGUCCCUGAGGUUCCCUCCCCAUGACAUCAGACCAGAAGUCCAGACACAGCCAGAUGGAACCCUUUCAAAGGAGAGGACAAUCUCACUAGAUAAUAGAAGCCUGGGGAACAAUGGUUUUGAGAUGGCCACAGUUCAAGACAGUAGUAGCCCCCUGUCAGAUGCUGCUGCUGAAGGCAGGGAGGCAGACAGCAGAGACCCACAGGAAAGAGAUGCCCAAGGAGGGGAAGCAGGGGCCCAGCAUUCUGGGGAACCCCAGGAAGGAGAGGACAUCCUCUACACAUCAGCAUUAGCUCCUGCCUCAGAGCCCACCUGGUCUGUGGCUCAAGACCUCUCUGUCCCCACAUAUACUCUCAGCAGCACAGCUGCAGCACCCAGCUCCACCAGCCCAGCAGAUGCCUCUCUUAUGGACACUGUCAUUACAGAAGUGAGCUUAGAUCCCUCUGUGCUGCAACAGAGUGCUCCACAGGUGGCCAAGCUGCUGGGCUCUCUGGAUGAGCAGAUCCCUGAUGGAGGCUGCAUUGGAACUCUGCUGAGCUCCACACCUCUUGCUGAGGAGACCACAGCAGGCAGAGAGGAGGCCAGAUGGGAAGAGAGGUGUCAUGGUGAUACCCUGGCAAGCUUCACUGAGACAGAGCCUGAGAAACAAGAGCCCGUGACGGAAGCUGGAGAUUCCGGCCAUAUAGCCCAAGAAAUGGAUCCAGUGGUCAAGACCAAGGACUCUGGCUCUGAUGAGCAGUCGCCAGGAGAUAUAGGAAUGCUGCCUUUACCAGCACAGUCCAUGAAUCAGAUGUUGGUAGAGUUACGUGGCCUAACUUGUGAUCAAGACUUAGAGGGCCUCAGUACCCCUCAUACCUCCUCUCAGCUAGAGCACACUUGUGCAGCUAGUGACCCUCCCCAGAGCACCAAGGACUGUCACAGCAGCCCAGGCAUUCCUGUACACCUGGCAGCUCCCUGUCCCAGAGACCAGGCUGCAUGGCAGGAGUCCUCAGCAAUGGAACUAGACUUCCUGCCUGACAGCCAGAUACAGGAUGCCCUGGAUGCCACUAACAUGGAGCAGGGUUUUCCUUCAGGGAGUAUGCCAGACCUUGGCUGGCCUGUCCCUAGCUCACAGUCCAUCGGAGGAUCCCCAAAGGCAGUCACCAAACCUCAAUCCAGAUCCCAUGUGGAAACCUGGGCCCAGGAGACCUACAGGAUGCAGGAUGCAACAGACACAGUGCGAGGCCUCGUGGUGGAGCUCUCCGGUCUGAACCGGCUGAUUAUGAGUACCCACCGGGACCUGGAGGCCUUCAAGCGCAGGAAGACCAAGUCUCUGCCUUACCUGACAAAGGGGUUGGGGAGCCUUCCUAGAGGGGAUCAGAGCUGGAGGGACUUGUAAUCUGCUGCAGCCUGUAGGGGUCGGCUUACCAUGGCUCCAGAUGCAGGAGGCUGAGGGUGGCCACUUGGCCAGGAUCACUAUUGCUCCCAUGCAACAGGGUUGCCUGAGCUUUAAGGAAGUCACCUGACAGAGCAUGGCCCUACUCCCGAUGCUCAUCCCGGUUUGAGCAUGCAGGAGUCUGAGCUGAGCUGCAGUUGUCGUUGAGUUUGUUUCUGGAGGAGAGAGGUGCCCUCUGUCUGCCUAUCCUUCCCCCAUGCUCUCUGUUACAUUUGGGAAGGUGGGGAAUAAAUGAUGCAGUCAUGAG